AUGGUCGACUUUCGUAAUAUCUUUUACGACAAGUAUUUUUCGACCGCUGAUAAAGAAGCUUAUAUCAGGGAGUAUGCAGUGAUUCGACAGGGGAGUGAUGAACCAGCCUCUGAGUUCAUUACUCGAUUUUCAAGAUUGGCUAGUAUUGUAGGAGAUGUUGCAGGAUCAGCAGAAGUCCAGGCUGAAAAAUGCAAGUGGGCAGUUAAUGAUCGAAUUCGGAAGUCGAUCAUGUACAUAAAAUUUAAGGAUAUCACCGAAGUUGCUGAUGCAAUCAAAACUUUUGAAUUCGAAAGGAAAGAAUUCCUAUCUCGAACUGGGGAUAAUAAGAAGAGAAAUAGGGAAGGCCAAUUUAAGCAGGAAAUCGGCCAAUCAUCCACUACACCACCACAUCAAGCUCGCAAAGUGCAAGGAAAUCCAAACUUUGGAAAUCAAGCACGUCCAUGGCAACCUAGAAUUCAAAACCCGAGGCCUGCUCAAAACCAAAUUCAGUUGUAUGCAGAACCUAUUAGAGCUCAACCACUAAAUCAACAAGUAAACCCGAAUCAGAUUACAUACCCUCUAUGUAAUACUUGUGGUAAGAGACAUCAAAGCGUAUGUCACCGAAGUACAGGAGCCUGCUUUAGAUGUGGCCAAACUGGACACAUGAUCAAGGAAUGUCCUAAGAAAGAUACUAAGAAGAAUCAUCAAUCCAAUGUUGGAGGAAGAGUUUUCGCACUUUCUGCUACUGACGCUGCUAAUGUUCCAGGUACUCGUGAAUAUCCUGAUGUAUUUCCGGAUGAACUUCCGGGAUUACCACCCGACCGUCAGUUAGAAUUCACCAUCGACUUGAUCCCUGGUACCGAACCUAUUUCUAAAGCUCCAUACCGUAUGGCCCCGAUGGAACUGAAGGAGUUGAAGGAACAAUUGCAAGAAUUGUUAGAUUUAGGAUUUAUAAGACCCAGUGUUUCACCUUGGGGUGCUCCGGUCUUAUUUGUGAAGAAGAAAGACGGUAGUAUGCGUUUAUGUAUUGACUACCGAGAGCUGAACAAGAUUACUAUUCGUAAUCAAUAUCCUCUGCCUCGCAUUGAUGAUCUCUUUGAUCAACUUCAGGGGGCUCAGUUCUUCUCAAAAAUCGACCUGAGGUCUGGGUACCAUCAACUAAAGGUCAAGAAUGAUGAUGUUCCCAAGACCGCUUUUCGUACUCGAUAUGGUCAUUACGAAUUUUUGGUUAUGCCCUUUGGGCUAACUAAUGCACCCGCAGUCUUUAUGGAUUUGAUGAAUCGCGUAUUUCACCAAUUCCUAGACAAAUUCGUUAUUGUCUUUAUCGAUGACAUUCUGGUAUAUUCUAAGAGUCGCGAAGAGCAUGAAGCACAUCUACAUAUAGUACUUGGAACCUUGCGGCAUGAGAAGUUGUACGCGAAGUUUUCCAAAUGUGACUUUUGGCUUAGCCAAGUGUCAUUUUUAGGUCAUGUUAUAUCAGCAGAGGGAAUUAUGGUAGACCCAACAAAGGUUGAAGCUAUUACAAAAUGGCCAAGACCCACUUCUGUUACCGAAAUACGAAGUUUCUUGGGUCUUGCUGGCUAUUACCGAAGAUUUGUUGAAAAAUUUUCGGUAAUUGCUUUACCACUCACAAAACUCCUAAGAAAAGGGGUGAAGUACUCCUGGAAUGAGGAACAAGAGAAAAGCUUUGAAGAAUUAAAGAAACGACUCGUAUCCUCUCCGAUACUCGCUCUCCCUUCUGGAUCAGGAGGUUACCAAGUCUACAGUGAUGCCUCAAAGAAAGGAUUAGGUUGUGUGCUAAUGCAACAUGGCAAGGUUAUCGCUUAUGCCUCCCGUCAGUUGAAGCCUUAUGAAGUUAACUAUCCUACACAUGAUUUAGAACUGGCCGCAGUCGUCUUUGCACUUAAGAUUUGGCGACACUAUCUGUAUGGUGAAAGAUGUGAUAUCUUUACCGACCACAAGAGCCUCAAGUAUAUAUUUACGCAGAAAGAGCUAAAUAUGAGGCAAAGAAGGUGGUUAGAACUUUUAAAAGAUUAUGACGCAAAUAUUCAAUACCAUCCAGGCAAAGCCAAUGUUGUAGCUGACGCAUUAAGCCGAAAGAAUUCUGGGACUAUAUCUUGCCUACAAAUUCAACCUCAUAUUAGGAGGGAUCUUGAAAGGAUGAACAUUUGGCUCCAGUUUAGUAAAUCUGAUGGAUAUCUAGCUAGAAUGCAGAUUGAACCCGACCUCAUAUCGCGGAUCAAAAAUGCACAAAAGCAAGAUGGAGAACUUUGGGCAAUUGUGCAAAAUCUCGAGGUGGGAUCUACCAAGAUGUAUAGAGAUUUAAGACAGAACUUCUGGUGGAACGGCAUGAAGGAAGACGUUGCUCGAUACGUAAGUAAAUGCCUCACUUGCCAACAAGUGAAAAUUGAACACAAACGAGCAAGCGGUCUGUUGCAGCCAUUGGAUAUUCCCAUAUGGAAGUGGGAUGAAAUCACAAUGGAUUUUGUUACUGGCUUACCUAAGACAUUCAAGAAGAAUGAUGCUGUAUGGGUUGUUGUCGAUAGAUUAUCAAAGUCAGCACAUUUUCUACCAAUUCAGCAAGGAUUUUCGGUUAAUAAGUUAUCCGAAAUAUUUCUUCAAGAAAUUAUUCGACUCCAUGGCACACCAUCUUCCAUGAAAGAAGUUCAGAGUAGACAAAAGAGCUAUGCCGAUCAAGAUAGACGACCCCUCGAAUUUAAAAUUGGUGACCACGUAUUCUUAAAGGUAUCACCUUGGCGUGGCAUUCGUAGAUUUGGAAUUAAAGGGAAACUUAGUCCCCGUUUCAUCGGUCCAUUUGAAAUCCUUGAAAGAAUUGGAGAAGUGUCAUAUCGACUGGCUUUACCGCCUCAACUCUCUCACGUUCAUAACGUUUUUCAUAUAUCCUCUUUAAGAGGAUAUAAUUAUCAUCCACUCCAUGUCAUUAGUUAUCCGUUACUUUCAAUUCACGAAGAUUUGUCCUACGAAGAGGAACCAGAAGCCAUCUUAGAUCGACAAGAAAGGGUUUUACGUAGGAAAGUAAUCCCGUUCGUUAAAAUCCUUUGGAAAAAUCACUCUGAACUCGAACUGAGUCUUAUCGUUCCUCACUUGGUUUCGACCCCUAAGCGAAUGAUAACCAAGUACAUCAAUGGCCUACCUCCUGUUAUGCGUGAUUCUAUUGAAGCAGCUCAACUAGAAACUAUUGAAGAAGUAUAUCGUGUGGCAACGAGUUUGAACAACAACCGUGUGCGUGACAAGCAGUUUGCUACUCCUGCUCCCUCUAAGUCUGCGAAUCAAGUUGCUCAGCAGACAAGCGGCAGCAAGAACAAGAAACCGAAAUACCAGGGUUCUGGAUGCAACGCUAUUACUCCUUCUGCAAACCCUGCUGCUAAACCUGCUCCUGCUGCUGCUGCUGCUAACCCUGCUGCUCCCGAAGCUAAAAGGCAAUACACUGCAACUACCAUCAUACUACUGCUUCUGCAUGUCAUCAGUGCACCAACUGACCAGCAGCCAGCCGCUCGUGGACGAGCGUUCAACCUUAACGCGAAUCAUGCUCGCAAUGACAAUGACGUUGUCAACGGUAUGUUCCUCGUUAAUAACCUUUAUGCUUCGAUACUAUUUGAUACCGGUGCCGAUAAAAGCUUUCUGUCCGUGGAAUUUGAGUCUUUGAUAAAUUGUACACGCUCCAAGUUACCUGAGUCAUUCUCUGUUGAGGUCGCUAAUGGUAAGUCGAUUCUGGUGAAUUCGAUUGUGCAUAAUUGUUCUUUGACUCUUAACGAUCACGUCUUCUCUAUUGAUCUUAUACCCAUGCGAUUGGGUAGUUUUGAUGUUAUCAUCGUUAUGGAUUGGUUGCGUAAGAACCAUGCCGAAAUUGUGUGUCACGGACUUGUUCGUCUUCCUCUUCCCUCUGGUGAUACUUUGAUCGUCUAUGGAGACCGACCUUCAAAAGGGCUGAGGUUGAUGUCAUGCACACAAGCGAGCCGAAGCUUACGUAAACAGAACCUUGCCUUCUUGGCUCACGUGGUGGAACAAAAAGGCAAGGGGGAGAACAUAAGCGACGUUCCAGUUGUGUGUGACUUUACUGAUGUCUUCCCUGAAGAUCUUCCUAGUCUUCCUCCUCCCAGAUCCGUUGACUUUCGUAUUGAUCUCGUACCUGGUGCGACUCCUGUCACCAGGGCUCCUUACCAUCUUGCACCUUCCGAGUUGCAAGAGUUGUCUAGCCAGCUAUAG